UGUGCUGCGAUCGUUAACUGUGCUGCACAGCACAUACGCCCCAUGGCUAUUCUGUUCUACUGUACCCAUGAUAGUAUGACAUUUUGCCAGUAACAAUAUCCCCCGGCACAGCCCAUAGGGCACCGCGCCUUAACAGUUUCCUUUAUUUGUUGUGGUUUAGACAUUCUCUCUCUCUCCUAACUGUGCAACACCUAUAGCUUUGCCAAACAACGAGCUGAUCAGUUCUUGUCUCCAUACAGGAGAGACUGACAGUACGAUCAAACCAGUUCGUCACCCUUUUAUCAAUGGCACACGGGCUCAGAGAGUCGGAGUCGGCGACCCCGCCAGAAGUUCUGCAGAGCUAUGCAAGGCUCCGCGAGAAUAAUCGCCAGGUUUCAUGCUUUGAACGAAUCUGGGAGUCUGGAGCGAUACUUGACAACUCGGCGCGCGCAAAUCUCAAUUGUCAACUCUCUCGCUUUCUGGAAACACUUCCAGACAAACUGGCACGUCGCGAGGGAGACGAGCUAACACGCCACAUUAUAGAUCCAUACCUUUACCCUCUCAUUUACGGCCGGACGCUUGCUUACGACUCAGCUAGGGAAGGAUUUCUUCGUCCUGAGCUAGCACCCAGCAUUACAGACGCGACAAACACAGAUUUCCUCUCACAAGAGUUCGCAUGUUUACCAUGCGACUUCCUUAUCUCUCAGGACGGUACAGCGAAGGCCCUCUCAUACAUAAAUAACCUCCACACUUGCUAUUCUGCGCUCUAUCGCUGCUUCGAGGAGUUGAUCUCGAAGUGCGUUCCCAUGUUCGAACAAGUCCUCACAGACUUGCAUGGGGACAACCCAAACAGAGAGCGAGUCCAGGGUCCGUCUUCGUCGGCGGAGUGGGAAGAGCCGGAGUCUCCAGAAUUCUCGCGUGACUUCGUGGAUUUGUCUGCGUUUGAGAGCAAGAAGCGGCAGUCGAUCAUGCGCCGGUCAAUUGUGCCUGAUGCCCCGAUCACUAGUUACCCAGGUGGACUUGAAGAACGUCGAAACAUUGUACAGCUCUGGGGGAAGACGCUCCAAGUCGUACUUGACGUGUACGAGAUUUGCAUCAAACCAGGUGGCCCUGCCUUUCGUGGUUCUCAGUGGCGCGUAGAGGGCAUGAAGAACGAACGCAUUGUCGCUUGCUUGCUUUAUAAUUCGUCAAGUCACAAUAUCACGGGUAACUCGAUCGAAUUUCGUAUGGCUGUUAAGACACCGCCUUCGUCUCCCAAGAAAGGCUCCGUCCCAAUUCAUCAGGGACUAUGCAUCGCGUUUCCUAAUAUCUAUGAAUAUCACCUCACACCAUUCUCAUUGGUCGAUCCGUCAAAGGAAGGGCACCAACGCAUCAUCGGGGUGUACUUGGUUGAUCCAAGCAUCACUCCGCUGGCGUCCACGCAGAGAGUCCCACCACAACAGAAGGCGUGGAUGAGGUUAGGUCUCGAGAUGGGAACCCGUGGAAUCUUUCCAGUGGAACUCAUUGAGAAAGUGCUCGAUGAAGUGGACGGAGUCAUGAACAUAGAUGAAGCGGUGAAACAUAGGGAAAGAAUGGUGAAGGAACGAACCAGGUUGUCGAUACUGAAUGAUGUUCAGCACUUCAAAUUCCCAUGCAACAACAGGAGACAAUAGUGUCUACUGAGGGGGUGCUACAUUCAUCUAUGAUAAUGAGUGUGCUCUUUUCUCUUCUAUAUACCCGUCAUUAAAAGUUUGCGUAACCUUGGACGGACUACAUAAGGACUCGCACUUUUACUUUCGUAUCAAAGACCCGUGCUAUUUUAUAUAUAUGCCAAGCACAUCCUAGCCCAAGAGCCUACGACGACAG